CAUAUUCUUAACUUUUCGGAUGAAAAGUGAUGCAUUUACUAAAGACACAGUUAUAAUUAGAAUUUGAAUGAAAUAGGAGACAGAGAAAGCAGGGGAACAGGGAGAGAGAAAACGCUAUAAAAGGGAAAGAGGAGGAAAGAAAGGCACGUAAAAAGAGAGAGGGGAAUGGAGGAGCUGAAACCACUGAAAGUGUUAGGGAAAGGAGCAAUGGGAACAGUGUUUCUGGUUCAACACAACACAGCCCACGUGGCACUCAAAGUGGUAGACAAAACCUCUUCAAUCCACGACGGGUCACGCCGAGCACGCUGGGAAAUGCAACUCCUAUCUCGCUUCUCGCACCCGUUCCUCCCCACCCUGUUGGGCUCCUUCGAAACCCAAAACCUAUUGGGCUGGGCCAUCCCAUACUGCCCCGGCUCCGACCUCAACAUCCUCCGUUACCGCCAAACGGAUCGCGUAUUCGCUCCCCCCGUUAUACGCUUCUACGUGGCGGAAAUCCUCUGCGCUCUCGAACACCUACACUCCAUGGGCAUCGCCUACCGCGACCUCAAACCUGAAAACGUUCUCAUUCAACAAUCCGGCCACGUCACCCUCACCGAUUUCGACCUCUCUCGAACCCUCACACCCAAAACCAUCACUCCCUCACACCACUCCAACAUCCCUGAUGACGACGCCCCCGGAAAACAUCGCCGCAAUUUUCGCUUCAUGUGGAUCCCAAUCCACGCCAAGCCCAAGCCCAAGCCCGCCCGAGUCAGCCCAGUCAGUCGACGCAGGCCGAGUUUCUCCAACGGCGAACGCUCCAACUCCUUCGUCGGCACCGAGGAGUACGUCGCGCCGGAGGUCGUCCGUGGCGACGGUCACGAGUUCGCCGUUGACUGGUGGGCCCUCGGAGUGCUCACCUACGAGAUGCUCUACGGCACGACGCCGUUCAAGGGGAACAACCGCAAGGAAACGUUUCGAAACGUGCUUUUGAAAACGCCUGAGUUUAUUGGGAAGAAAUCUGCGUUGACGGACCUCAUCGCGAGGUUGCUUGAGAAGGAUCCCACAAGAAGAUUGGGUUACGUUCGAGGCGCCAGCGAGAUCAAGGAGCACGAGUUCUUCAGAGGGCUUAAGUGGGACCAGUUAACGGAGGUUAUGCGCCCGCCAUUUAUUCCGUCCAGAGACGACGUUGUGUUGCCGGCGAAGCCGUUCACCGGUGGACUCGACAUAAGGGGAUACUUCCAGAGCUUGAAAUCUCCACCGUCGUUGCCCCCUUCGCCGUUACCGUCGCCGUCUGAUGCUGAGUUUGAGAGGAAUGCUUCUUUACCAGAAUUCUGACGCACGUGUGGGAGGGCAUGCUUGAGCCAGACCCAGUUAUUCUUUUUAGUAACUCUCCGAAAUUCUGAGUACAUAGAGAAUAACCGUACACCGAGAAGAAACGGCGCCGUUAGUGAAAUUACUUUGUACAAUAUCGUUAUAUAUAGUUAAAGAACUACAAAUAGAAUUGUACAAUACGAUUGUCUAUAUAUAGGUAUAAUCUUUUUGAUGUAUUACAUACGUAUACACCCAUUCUGCCCUACAUAUUUACCUUUUGGAAAAUAUUUUUUGAACUAUAUCAAAAUAGAAUACUUAAAAGUGCCU